AGUGGCUGGGAAAGGAAUAGGGGUGUUGAAUUUGGAUAUUGGAGGGGACGUUGGUGGACGGACUGGGUGCAUGGAGUUGGUGUCAAUGGAGGAUCAGGACUCCAGGGUCCCAGCCCUGGAACCAUUCAGGGUGGAGCAGGCACCACCUAUAAUCUACUAUGUCCCUGACUUCAUCUCCAAGGAAGAGGAGGAGUAUUUGCUUCGACAGGUCUUCAAUGCCCCAAAACCAAAGUGGACUCAGCUCUCUGGGAGGAGGUUACAGAACUGGGGUGGGCUCCCCCAUCCCCGGGGGAUGGUUCCUGAGCGGCUUCCUCUGUGGCUUCAGCGCUACGUGGACAAAGUAUCUGACCUCAGUCUUUUUGGAGGUCUCCCAGCCAACCACGUCCUUGUGAACCAGUAUCUGCCUGGGGAGGGCAUCAUGCCCCACGAGGAUGGACCACUGUACUACCCGACCGUCAGCACCAUCAGCCUGGGCUCCCACACCAUGCUGGACCUCUACGAGCCACGGCAGCCAAAGGAUGAUGACCCUACAGAGCAGCCCCGGCCCCCGCCCCGGCCGACCACCUCGCUGCUGCUGGAACCCCGCAGCCUGCUGGUGCUCCGUGACACCGCCUACACGCGCCUCCUCCACGGCAUCGCAGCCGCCUCCGUAGACCCGCUGGACACUGCCUCCCUGCCGCUCAACGCCGCCGCCUGCCCGUCGGCGCUGCCGGGAGCCCGCCUAGUCCGCGGCGUCCGCGUCUCGCUGACCAUCCGCCGGGUGCCCCGCGUGCUGCGCGCCGGCCUCCUCCUCAGCAAGUGAUGCCUGGCCCCAGGACCCGCUGGGCUUCCCGAGCUAUGGACUCAGACAGCUGCGACCCUGCAACCUUGAAACCCUGGGGCAGGGGCGGCUCCCGAGUUAUCUUCCCAAUAACUUUGUGGAAACCACAGGA